CCAGACGCAUGCGGCAGAAUCUGACGCCUCCGGCAAGGGGCGCGGCAGAAGCGUCAAAUGCGCACUUUGCUGCUUUGGGAGGAAUAUAUGGUCACGAUUCUCGCCGAAGGUCCAAUUUUUCUUCACGAGUAACACACAAAAAAAAUCAUCCAAGUGGCCUGUUUUCAGUCAAACUCACUGUUCCGUCCCCUCCUCCUGGCUGGGUUUUAUAGUUUUGCUCUAAUGGGCGGAACAAUGAAGCUAGCUCGCACGUGAUUGGCUAGUAGAGCACAUUUUCACUCAGUUGGCCAAUCAAGAGAGAGUGGCUCAGCCCCGGGCGGACUUUGAGGAGACGCGCGGUUAGUUUUAGUUUGUGUUGGUUGGGCAGAGGGGAGGAGGAAGAACAAGAAGAAGAGGGGGAGGACGAGGACUAGGAGGAGGCGACGGCUGUCACUGUUUUUUUUUUCUUUCUUUCAUUUAUACCAACAGGCACGUUUCUUUGUCAGUCCUCCAGCGGGAAUACAUGCAGCCCCCUGCGUUGCCCGGAGAAGACGUCUCCAUUUUGGUGCCUCUUUUAACAGAGAAGAGUGGACGCUGGAUUUAGAGGAAGAACAUGUCAGUGAGUGUAAAGCACGACGAAACCUGCUCCACUUCCACCAUACCUAACUCUAUAUAGACUCGGAAAGGACAACAAGGAGUGCUAUAAUUCGGUGCUGUACGAUAUAUUCUUCUGUUAGGAAAUGGUAAAGCUGCCGGCUACUAGCUGAGUUAGCAGCAGCUAACUCCGGGUCGUAAAGGGAAUAAAUGACGAGAGAAGGCAGACAAUGUGGCGUCUUUUGGGCUGAGUGAGGCGAGCGAGUGUGUGCUUUAGUCGACGACAACCGGUGGUCGUUAAAGCUCUCCGGUGUGUGUGUGCGCCUUUUUCGAUGCGCCGCCCUUUGCCAUCCAACCUAGUCCGCUCCAUCCCUCACUAAAAACACUUCCAUAGUAGCCGACAUGUCUGCUUACACGCCCGUCUGUUGAAUUUACGAACAAAAGCGCGGAGGUGAACACAGAUUAAGCCCAAAAACAGGAACCGCCUAUAUGAAGAUGCUGAUGUGUGACCGCGGCGUCCAGAUGCUCGUGACGACGGUGGGCGCGUUCGCCGCCUUCAGCCUCAUGACCAUCGCUGUGGGUACCGACUACUGGCUGUACUCGCGGGGGGUCUGCCGUGUCAAGAGCAACAACGACAACGACACUAGCCGCAAGAACGAGGAGGUGAUGACGCACUCCGGCCUCUGGCGGACCUGCUGUCUGGAAGGAACAUUCCGAGGUGUGUGUAAGAAGAUCGAUCACUUUCCGGAGGAUGCUGACUACGAGGCGGAUGCUGCUGAAUACCUCCUGCGUGCAGUGCGCGCCUCCAGUAUCUUCCCCAUCAUGAGUGUGGGUCUGCUGUUCUUGGGAGGACUCUGUGUAGCUGCUAGUGAGUUUUACCGCAGCAGACACAACGUCAUCCUCAGCGCAGGAAUCUUCUUCGUCUCGGCAGGUCUCAGUAACAUCAUUGGAAUUAUCGUCUAUAUUUCGGCCAAUUCAGGCGACCCGGGCCAAAGUGACAGCAAGAAGUCCUACUCCUACGGCUGGUCCUUCUACUUUGGCGCCCUGUCCUUCAUAAUGGCAGAAAUGGUGGGAGUGCUGGCGGUGCACAUGUUCAUAGAGAAGCACCGCAAGCAGCGGGCCAAGUCCCGCACGGAGCUCAUCAAGAAGUCUGCCUUCAGUCGUAUCCCCUCCUACCGUUACCGCUUCCGGCGCCGCUCCAGUGUUCGUUCGUCGGAGGUCCCCAGCCGCGACGCCUCACCGCUGGGGAAGGUUGGCUACACAGGACCCGGCGCCUCAGAGAUGCCCAUGUACACGCUGAACCCCCGCGAGGCGGGCAACGCCGCCACCAAAUCCGGCCUUGGCGGGCUUCUCAACUCUGAGAGGGAGUUCCUCCAGAGCAGCACGCUCACUAAAGACUACAGCAAGGACCCAAACCGCAGGACCACGCCCGUCUGAGAGCUCGCCUCUCCUCACCUGUACACAGAGUGCCUGCCUUGUCCUGCCUUCAGACAGCUCCCAGAUCAGCCGAGGGGCUUUUUCCAGUGUGACGUCCUCUGUGUGCCCCCGUGACCUUAAAUGGUUGGACUUGGGGGUCAGUUUUACACAGCUAACGCAACAGGUUCUUUUCUUGUAUUUCCUACUAACAACACUGACAGGCUCGUUUGAGAACUGGUGUGAUUUGUGUUGGAAUGUCUGACUGAUGAUGUGUUUGUCUUUUACGUUUUACUGCUCACAUGUACGCUGUCAUUGAUUUGGGACUGGCAGAGGGGGGGCGCUAUCAGGGUGGAGAAUAAUUUGUGGGUACCCUAAUGACCGCCGGUCUUGAAUCAACACACACACACACACACACACACACACACUCUCUUGUAGACUGUUGUUGCUCAUUUCUUUACAAUCUUGCCCAGGAGUGAGUGUGUGUUUAUGUGUGUGCAUGCAUGUGUGUGCGUGUAUGUGUGGCUCAUGAUGCAGUGUGGCCCUCAGCUGGUUGGACCCCCGUCCAAGACUUUGAAGCCCUGAAUGCUCCUGAUGAUCUGGAGGUUUCCUGUCUCGUCACAGCUUAGAAUCAUUACGGUCGUAUACAAGCCUUUUUUUAACAACUUGUACAGUCAGCCCUUGGUUUUUGUGCGCCCCAGUUUUUGUACGAUUCAUUUUUGGCCAAAUUUUUUGCUAGAAUUUUGCCCAUGUUGUCAUAUCAUUCAGAUUUUGUUGGAAAAGUUCACCAAAAUUUUGCUUUGGUUUUUGUACACCCCAGUUUUUUGUAUGAUUUCGUUUUUGACAUUUUUUUGCCAAAAUUUUGCCUCCGUUUGCAUCCAGCCCAGUUUUUUGUUGAAAAUGUUUUCGUCCACAGUUUAUGCCAAAAUUCUGCCUCAAUUUUUGUACUCCUCAGUUUUGUUUUGUUUUUUUAAUUUUGCCUCUUUUUUUGUAUGAUUUGGUUUUCGUCUGAAUUUUUUGUCAGUUUUUGUAUGCCCCAGUUUUCAUAUGAUUCAGAUUUCAUUGAAAAUGUUCACCAAAAUUUUGCCUUGGGUUUUGUACACCCCAGUUUUUGUAUGAUUCGCUUUUGCCCAAAACUAUCACCCAAAUUUUUGCCAAAAUUUUACCCCAGGUUUUGUACACCCCAGUUUUCAUAUGAUUCGGUUUUAGUUAAAAAUGUUCAGCAAAAUUUUGCCUCGGUUUUUGUACACCCCAGGUUUUGUAUGAUUCUGUUUCAUACAAACUAAUCUGUACUGUAUUGUUCCACAAAAGUGACACCCUAACCCACACCCCAAACCCCAAACCCCUAGCCCCUAGCCCUAACCCGCCAUGGGGCCAAAGAAAGUUGUGAAUGCCAGCAAUUUGAUAAAGAAUGUGCAAAAACAUGCUAUGAAUUUGAUCUUGCCGGGAUGUACGCAAAGUCUGCGACAACAGUAAGUUCCAUCCGUUCAUCAUUUAUAUUUGUUUUCAACUGUAAUUAUUCUCUAUAUAAUGUAUUUUUGAUAAUAUUUUUGGAUGUCUGCAACGGAUUAAUUGGAUUUUCAUUAUUUCUUAUGGGAAAAAUUGGCCCAGUUUUCAUAUCAUUCGUUUUUUGUUGAAAAUGUGUCCGCGUUUUUUGUGCGCUCACUCAGUUUUCAUGCAAAAUUGCACGUAACAAACUAGUCCGUGCUGUAUCGUUCCGUGCCCAAACAAAGCACCCUCUGCAUUGCAAAGCGAUGCAACGCUAACCCAACAAGUUCCAUCCAUCCGUCAUUUGUAUUUAUUUCCGUUUUCUGCAUAUAAAACUGGAAUUAUUCCCUAUAAAAUGUAUUUUUUUAAUCAUA